GGUGGGUAGUUGAGGAGGUUUGGAGCCUUGCUGACUGGCUGGUUGGCUGGCCGGUCCGGUCCUAAUUAGUAUUGGAGGCAUGACCACUGCCUGCCGCCGCCCAGCCGACCCCGCGUCGCCCCACGGAGGGAGGAGCCGCUCCGUCGCCCCACCACAACAUCACCACACAUUUUCGCUCACUCCUGGGUACGGUUAGCUUGGUGUUGUCUUAGCUGGCCAGCACCUACUCCACCGCGCCGCCGUCUGCUCACUAUUUCCUCACUGGUGACAAGUUAUAGAUACCGUAGAGGCAGCAGUGUUGAUGAAAGUGUCGUGGGGUGAGGGACGCACUACAACAGAACAUGACGAACAUCAGUGGCUGGCCCGCUGGCCCGGGGCUGGCCUGACCACCACCACCGGCCACCGCUGUUUAUGGGCCUGCAUAGCUCCGCCAUUUAUGUAACUCACCUUAGCGGGGUCCACGUAAGCCCGCGUAUAACGUCCCGCACAGUGAACCGUGAUGUAAAUACCGUGUUAAAGCAGUGUUGUGGUGUCAAUAUUUCAACUGUUGCUCGAGGAAAACUGAGCCAUCUACUGUGAUUCUCACUCAGUGUGUAAAUAUCAGCAGAUCAGGUGUUGGCGAGGCUCACCCUUCUACGUUUGCACUCACUCAUCAGCUGGCGCUACGAACGCGCCGAGUGUUGGCGACAGUGAUAGUUCGCCAAGUGUCGCCUCGUCCCCUAACGCACUAUGUCGUGAGUGAAGGGCUAGGACGAGGGGAAGGGGCAGGGGACGGCGUAGGGGGAGGCCGUGAGGAGCCGUGAGGAGUGAGGAGAGCUGAUCCCGUCACGUGGGGCCGCGUAUUGACUCACCCGCCUCCGUGACGAAUCAACAUCCAGCGGCUCCCGGGCCAAAGUGCGUUCUAGCCAGCGCGCACGCUACUCUCAGACGGACUUGUUUUUAUGAGUUUUCAAGAAGUACCAGUGUGUGUUUCCCAUUUCUUCGUCAUCAUGUGCAGUGUUUUAUUUCAUUAUAAGCGUGAAUUGUGAAAAUAGAACUGAUAUUUUUUGAGAAAUGGAAUAUAUUUGCAAGGUGUAUAUAUCCCGCUAGAACGAUCUGUUAUAAAUUUCCCGUCACGUUCCUAGUCGUGCGUGUGACCGUGACACAUUCUACAGUACACUCACGCACGCGCACCUACCCGAGCCAGUUGUGUGCUUGGCGUGGGCCAGUGCGAAUAUGACAGAGGUCGUGGACAAGACGCUUAUUGAAAGGUUGAUAUUAGAGCAUUCUGAUCGUUUAGAAUUGGAGAUCAACCAAAAAGCGCGCGCUGAUGCUUGGAAAUUCUAUUAUCGUGUGCGAGUGGACCAUGUGAUUCGGCCGUUCGCCGUGUGCAAGGUAUGUUUUCGAGUGUUACAUUGCGACUCGCGGAGUGGGACAGCCAGUCUCCUGCGCCACCCAUGCAACCCCCUGUCGGAGAGGUCCCCGGUCAACCGCGCCGUCAAGCUCUCGGCCAAGCUCAACCUGCCGGUGGACACGACGGCGGCGGGCCUCAAGAGCGACAUCAAAGGUGACACAUUUUUAAGUGAUAAUAGCGUCAAGGAGGAUGUCAUAUCUGUCAAGUGUGAGGUGCCAUCUUACAGUGAUGGCGGGAGUGCUAGGUCCUCACCCGUGUCCCUCACCACCACGGCCUCGCGCUCUUCGCCCACGAGCACGGGCUCGCCUCCCACCGCUGCCCAGCCAACCACCACCUCCACCGGCAGCGCCUCCGUCGGGAGUCGGAAACGGAAGGCUGGCGCACCACCACCAUCUUUUCCCAUUGAUUUGAGAUUCCUGCAGAUACCUCAGUUAGUGGCAGCUGCUGCGGCACACCCACUCACCGCCCUCAACUUAGCCAACGCCACAGGGCUGUUCGCUGACCCUCAGCGCCUACAACACCUACAUCAGCAGCUCCAUCAUUCACACCUAGAACACCUCCACAGACAACAACAACAUCAUCAGCGUGAGAGGGAGCGUGAAGAACAGGAGGCCAAGCGGACGCGGCUGGAGGCGGCGGUGCAGGAGGGAAGGGCGCGCAGUCCCGCCAGCCCGGGCGAGGCCUGCAGCUCCUCGUGGGGCCGAGCCAGGGUGAAGAAGGAGCGCGCGGACACCAGCGACGGCGCAGUACCCGAAGACCUACGAGAGUCUGUGUCCCCCAGCAGGUAUGGCGGGCGCGUGCGUAGCCACGAAGACGGAGCGGAGGAGGGCGGGGGGCUGAGCAAGGAGGUGGUGCAACAACUGGUGAGCAGCGGGUCCUCACGCAUCACCCUUUCAGAGAAGGACGCGGCGGGCUCACACUACAUCUCUGACGUGUGGUCAAGGUUCUCUGUGGUGUGUGUCGACGGCGUCAUCAGACCGUUUGCCGCGUGUAAACACUGCCUCAAGGUGGUCACCUACACCAAGUACAGCGGCACAGGUGGCUUGUUACGGCACCGCUGUUCGGCUACCGACCUCAACUCCCGACCUCCUGACGAUGCUUUGCGCCCACGCCUGGGCGACUCUCCACCGCCCACGGUGCGCGCCCACUCUCCAGCUCCCGCCCAUGCCGCUCAGCCUGGCUCACCUCAAGAAUCACCACUCAGCCUAACAGUAAAAAUUGAGAGUGAUGGACCACGAUCUCUGUCUGACGAGAUGCCGUUGGCACCCACCGCUGCCAUGGCUGGGGUGGCACGGGCGCUGCUGCGAUACAUGUGUCACGACCUGGUAGCGGCGUCAGCCCUUGACUCAUCAGCGUUUCAAAGGUUAGUGUGGACAGUUUUAAAUUUGGGAGCGGCGCAUGGCACCUUCCGUGAAGAGGAGCCCUUGCCCUCCGCCAGGCAACUCCUCAACACCUUCCUCACCCCCAUGGCUGGUGACUCCCGCUCUAUCAUCGCCAGGGCAGUGCUUGACCAGCCCAACCUCUGCCUCUCCCUCCACCAGGACAAGGAACUUAGCCUCCUCACCGGCGCUAUACACUUCAUUACUCCAAAAUUUGAGCUUCGCAGCUAUGCCUUGGGUGCUCAUCGUCUUGGGGAGCAGGAGACUGAAGAAGAAGCAGUGACGGCUCUCCUGGCGAACUUCUUCAGCGACGUGUUGGUGCCAGCAGCCAUGCGAGACAAACAUGUCACUGUGGUAAGCGAUCAGGGAAGUCCAGCCGAACCUGGUGUGGUGGGGGUACGCUGUGUAUGGCACGCGACGGAGGCCGUGCUGGAGGCACUGACGGAUGAGCCUUCCUAUCAACAGAUCUGUGACGACGUGGCAGCUGUUUUGGCUUUCCUCGCCGACUCUGGGGUAGCGAGCGUUACGGGGUGUGGAUUGAAGCCCCACGAGGUGCGACGUUGGGACGCCCUACUGCAUGCCCUCACCUUCAUCACUGCUCAUCAUGACGAGCUGUGCGUUGUAAUGGCAGGUUGUGAGGGCGGUGUAUCCCUGCUGGGGGAGCGCCUCGCCUACCAGGAGGUGGCUGAGCUCCUGACAGGCGUGCGGCGGUGCCUCCUGACGGUGCGCGACCCCCUGCGCCCUACACUAAACCAGGCAGUGUUGUGCAGAGCUAAACUGCUGCAACUGUGUGCUGCCCCCGCCAACUCUCAGCCCCUCAAGCAGCUGAAACAGCACCUGGCCAGUAGCCUGACGGAUGCCCUGACACUCACGCCCCUCCACCACGUCGCCAGCUUCCUCGACCCAAGAUGCAAGAGUCUCAAGGUUCUGAGUGAGUCUGAAAAAACGGAGGUUCACCGUCAUGUGCUGGAGAUGAUGAAGUCAGUGUCAGUAACGGAGGCUAACUCUGGGGUGCUCAAUCUCAAGACCAACCGCCGCACCUACUCCAAUGCCCACUCGCCCACUGAGCCUCCCACCACCACUGCUCAGGAGGUCCACCCAUUCCGAGAGUACAUGGACAACCCAGCCCCCGACACCUCCGUCUCUGACAGUGAAGAAAUCAUGGCAUAUGUCAAUAUGAAGGUGCACCUUGAAGAUGAUGACAUCCUGGCCUGGUGGUCAGGGACUUCAGCUUCAGGCCUCUCAACACUACGACUCUUGGCCAGAAAAAUCCUAGCUGUUCCUGCCACGUGCGCCUAUGCUCACGACCUCUGUGUUCAUGCCCGCCAGGCCCGCCAGCAGAUGGGUCUGGUGGAGGAGUUUCACCUCAACAAUGUUCUCCAUAUGAAGUACAACAUGAACUAGAAUCUUGUGUAGAUGAUAUUUUCCAUUUGGUUGCCAAAAAGGGUCAUUACUUGUUUGGUCAAUGCAAAACUGUAAUAUGCCUACAAAUUUAAUUUUAUACUUCAUAAUUCAUGACUUAAUAAUUCUACAUACAGUAAUUGCCUAUAUAAAACAUAUAGCAUAUUCCACUAAUAAAUGUUCAUAUUUGGCCAAUAGAGCCAUAUGAUACGUAGUACGUACCUAUAUUUGCCAUAAACACAGUUAAGACAGUGCACUCAAAGAUACUCUAUACUGUACCAGCUAAUGUUGGCACUAUGGUUGUUAUUGGAUGUAAACAAUGAGAAAGUUACAUGAGAAGUAAACUGGCUGGUUUACAGGCCUCAAGUGAAUGGGUACAUGAUAUUAAUAGUAUAGUUAACAUGAAUUUAGUUCUAUCAUGUAAUGAUAUAUGAAGACCAGCAGGAAUAUUCUUAAGAGAUCUUUGUUAUUUGCACACCUAUGGCCUUGAAAUAAAGGUCCUUAUCACCAGCAAUGGUGUAAUCACUAAAGGUUUUGAUAAUGCUCAACUGCAAUAUGAAUCUGUUAAUUGAGGUAGCUGUUUCUAUUUGGUUGUGACUUGGUUGCUGUAAUUGAUUUACUGGAUGUGGUUAUGGUUGACAUACUUCAUGUGAAGUAUUACGUAAGUUGCUAUUUAUUUUAUUUGAUGAAUCAUUUUAAAGAGUUUAUUUUUAAAAUGCUUUCUGUUAGUGGUGGAUCAUGGUUACACAAGAAUCCUUCCAUCAGUUUGUGAAGUUUGCUUAAUAUUGUGGUGCUCAUUUUGCAAAGACAUAAUUUUAGAUCAGCUCAAAGAUGAGAAGGCAUAUGUUUAAUCAUUGCUCUUCCGGCAGACAAAACCAUAAGCUCAAUUUCAACAGUAACAUUUUUAUAACAGCUGAUCCAGUGUACAAUACUGUAAAGCCAUUUUAACUUUCCUAAGAGUCAUCAAUAUUCUUGUCCUAAAGAUCCAUUUCUCUGGUAGUAGUCAUGCAUUUUGUUUUGUGUCUGAUCAUGUGUACAGAAAGUGGUUUUUGCCUCUUACCAUGUCUUGAGCUAAACAGUGUACUAUGUGGAUAUGAUUACUACACUAUCAGGUGCCAUUUUCAUAUCAACAUGAUUGUGGCUUCAUUUCCAGCUCAGUAGGGUAGGAAGACUCACUUGUUAGAGAAGCAGGAUUGGGAAUUAUUAGCUUGUCUGCCUUGAGCUACAGUAGCUUGAAAGGGAGAGUAUUUAAAAAAUAUCUUAGUCAAGUGUGUCCUCAGACUUGGGAACCUUCUGGGAAAUGAUGCCUCAGACUUAUCUUUAACAAAACAUAUUAUUCUUAUAACUGUGGAAACAAUGUCUACAUAUGUUACAUUAUUUUGGUAAGCCUUUUGAUUAUUAACGUUGAUGUACAGUACUGCAAACAACAAUAUUUAAGGCCUUAUUACAGUGCAAAACAUGCAGCUAAAAUAUAUCACCUACAUUUCUAUAUCAGUAAAUUCUUUGAAACAAGAAACUAUUUGUGAGUUGACUGUUCAGUGUCAUUAUUUAUGAGAUAAGUAAUGAUUUUGUAAUCUAUAAGCCAUUUUGUAGAAAAUGUUCUUGAGCUUAAGAAAGUAAAUUAUUUAAAGGUAAUCUGAGUGUUAUAUUGUUCAGCUUAGUUCUCAAGUUCUUUGACUACACAUUUUGUCAUGAAGGCAUUUUUGUAUUCUAAGCAUAAGUUUUGCUGGUUUUAUCGUUGUGAAAUCUUUUUAAUAUAUGACGUCUCAGGCAAAGGAAUAUUUCUCAGUGUAGAAUAUAGAUGUAGAAAUCAUUAGAAAUAUAAAGAAAUUGAUAAACCUCAAAGAAUAUGACACAAUGGCUCAAUAUUUUAUGCCAUAGAUACUGACAGGGCAUCACAUUGGCUCAUGUUUUAUCAAAGAUGUUAUGUCAAAGAUUUUUUCACCUUAUUUUGCUCAAUUCAGUAGUUACUCCUGCCUGUCAUAUGAGAGCAAGAAGGUUGUGCCAAAGACUUGCGUGUGUGCUCAAUAUUGCGAUAGUUUGGGUUUGUGCUUUCCCGGAUGUUUUAUCUGCCAUUGUUAUUUACGUCACGUGGGGAGUAGGAUUGUUGGCAUAUAGGUAGUUUUAGUUAAAUUUCCUCAUUUACUGGUAUGUAUUAUGUAUUCAUAAAUUCAUGUCUUUCCCUGUGUCAAGAGAGUUAAGGAAUUGUUUGUGGCAUGAUUCACACUUUGGUAUGUAAAAUAAGAUUCUUGCGUUGGACAAUACUCAAGAAUACUGUACUGUACUGUUCUUCCUUGUAUUAAUAUCACUCCAGGUUGUUAUGGGUGUUGUAUAUUGAACUGUUCUUUUUGUUGCUGUUAUUGUAUUUCCAUUUUUGGUACUCACAAACGUGUAAUUAAUUACCUUUGCUCUUCCUUCUGAUAUAAGCUGUUCUGUCUUGUAGUGUAGAAGUUUUACAUAUGAAUGUUUAUAAAAUUUUACAGAUAUGUGCCAAACCCAUUGAAACACAUUUUUAGUGUUUUCACGUGGAGCUUUUUUUAUGUGUUGAAGUAUGUGUAUGCAUUUUUAGUUGUGUAAAUCUCUUUAAUGUGUAUAGUAUCGCAAAGGUUGUAUAAAAGACUCUACCAUGAACAUCACACAACUCCAUACCAUAUAUUGCCGAUGAAACUACUCGCCAAAUUCAACCAUUUAAAACAAAUCACCGUAUGUGAACUAAUGUAAACUUUCUAGAUGCCUCUACAACCUCUACCUUCUGCUCCUUCCUACCCAGCAGCCAGAUAGUGUCAAGUACGAUGAAAUUAAAUUGUUUCUUGUUUAUACCAUCUAAUUUAUGUUUAUUUGUGCACGUAUGCAUUAUUUUUAUCAUACAUAAAAUUAACAAGUGAAAGUUGGGUUUAAAAAAGACCUAAAGAUGAGGUUUGAAAGAUAAUACAAUAAUCCCCAGAAUGUUUAACAUCAGAGUUUGCUUCAUUACUAAAUACAUUUUUGAGAAUUCAGUUGUCAAGAACAAAUUUAAACUACAGAAAAUCAUUUAUUUAGACUUAAAUUUGUAUUUCCUAAAUCUCACUACCGUACAGUACUUUAUUGAAAUUAUGUACUGUAUUGGCACUGAGGUACAGAUAUCUUCAUUUUCUCUUAUGUAAAAUGUGUCACUAUGUUCCACGUCAGUGACACAAGAGUUCUGUAUAUUACUUGCAAAACAUGAAUGAGUACCGGUAGGUGGCAACUUGUGUCGCUAAUAACCUUACUUGCUAACGUAGCAGAAAAUAUACAGUUAACCCUCACUUUACGCGGUCCCACAUUCCGCGUUUCCACGUUUACGCGGUGCCCUGCUGGAACCCAGGAUGCUCACAUUCCGCGGUGCGUGUACCCCUUUACG